GUCCCGCGGGGACCACAAUUCCCAGCAUUCACGGGGCGGAGGCGGAGUCGGCCUCCCGGAAUCCUGGGUCCCGGCGUGCACUUCUGAAGGACUUCAGGUACCGGCGUGCUCCGCGUCCCGCUGUCCGCCAGCUCGCGUCCAGGGCACCGCCUCUGUGUAGGGCGGGCGAAGAGGCAGCCGAGGCGGAGCUGAUGGCUGCACUGAGGGCGGGGCGGGGUGCAGGCUGGAACCUCUGGGGAUGGCGGGCUUUGGGGGGGGUUCCCUGGGGGAAGGGGCCCCUGUUGACCCCUGACCUCCGGGCCUUGCUGACGUCAGGAACUCCUGACCCUCGGGCCCGAGUGACUUAUGGGACCCCCAGUCUCUGGGCCCGGUUGUCUGGGGGGGUCCCUGAACCACGGACGUGUCUGACGUCGGGGACUUCGGAUUCCCGAGCACGGCUGACUGCAGGGCCCCCGGAUCUCAAGACCCGGGAGGUCUCAGAGACUCCUGGAACCCGUCCGCGCAUAUGGCUGGCGGUAGCGCUGGGCGCUGGGGGGGCAGUGCUGUUGUUAUUGUGGGGCGGGGGUCGGGGUCCUCCAGCGGUCCUCGCUUCGGUCCUUGGCUCACCGCCCACCUCUCCCCGGAGCCAGUACAACUUCAUCGCAGACGUGGUGGAGAAGACAGCACCUGCCGUGGUUUAUAUCGAGAUCUUGGGCCGGCACCCUUUCUCCGGCCGCGAAGUCCCUAUCUCGAAUGGCUCAGGAUUCGUGGUGGCUGCCGACGGGCUCAUCGUAACGAACGCUCAUGUGGUGGCUGAUCGGCGCCGAGUCCGUGUGAGGCUGCUUAGCGGCGACACGUAUGAGGCCAUGGUCACAGCUGUGGAUCCUGUGGCAGACAUUGCCACGCUGAGGAUUCAGACUAAGGAACCUCUCCCCACCCUACCCCUGGGACGCUCAGCCGAUGUCCGGCAAGGAGAGUUUGUUGUUGCCAUGGGAAGUCCCUUUGCACUGCAGAACACGAUCACUUCUGGCAUUGUCAGCUCUGCUCAGCGUCCAGCCAGAGACCUGGGCCUCCCCCAAACCAAUGUGGAAUACAUCCAGACUGAUGCAGCUAUUGAUUUUGGAAACUCUGGAGGUCCUCUGGUUAACCUGGAUGGGGAGGUGAUCGGAGUGAAUACCAUGAAGGUCACAGCUGGAAUCUCCUUUGCUAUCCCUUCUGAUCGCCUUCGAGAGUUUCUGCAUCGUGGGGAAAAGAAGAAUUCCUGGUUUGGAAUCAGUGGGUCCCAGCGCCGCUACAUUGGGGUGAUGAUGCUGACCCUGACUCCCAGCAUCCUUGCUGAACUACAGCUUCGAGAACCAAGCUUCCCUGAUGUUCAGCAUGGUGUGCUCAUCCAUAAAGUCAUCCUGGACUCCCCUGCCCACCGGGCUGGUCUACGGCCAGGUGAUGUGAUCUUGGCCAUUGGGGAGCAGCUGGUACAAAAUGCUGAAGAUAUUUAUGAAGCUGUUCGAACCCAAUCCCAGCUGGCAGUGCGCAUCCGGCGGGGACCAGAAACAUUGACCUUAUAUGUGACCCCUGAAGUCACAGAAUGAGUGGGUCAGCAGGACUCUGAGGUUCCUGCUCUGAUUUCCACCUGGCUUUCCUGGCCUAGGCUCUGAGGGUACCUGGACAGAGGAUUAAAUGAACCAGUGGGGGGCAGGUCCCUCCAACCACCAGCACCAAUCCCUGGGCUCUGAGGAAUCACACAAAUGCUUUUUAUAUAAAAUAAAAUUAUACCUAGCAUCA